AUCAUGAACUCAAGAUAGAACAAUUCUCGGUAUAACGGCCGUCAUACAGGAAGAGAAGAUGACGAGAGAGGAGGCCGAUAGGGUUUCAUCGUGGCAGGCUGAGCUGGAGGCGCGUUUUGCACCAAGCAUCGAUCCAGCCCUUAUCGCGGCGCUCGUCUCGGAGCGUGGUCAGACGCUCGAAGGAGCGACCGCGGUUCUCGAGACGCUCUCGGCUGAUCAAGGGGAAGAAGCUUUCCGAGCUGUACAGCAUUUCGACGCUUCGGGGCAGGCUUUCGAGGGCCAUGCGGACGAAGCCGGGGCAGACGCGGACCUGGAAUCGGCUCAAGUCCAACGGGCGCUACAGGAAUGGUCCUUGAUCGACAAAGACCAGCAGCCCCUUGCCGACAGCCUUCGCUUGACUGACGACGAAGAGACAGAAGAAGCGAAUGAAGAAGUGAAGACAAAGGAGGAAAGAGAAGCGGAAAGAUUGGGAAAAGCGGCGGCGAACGACCUGAUCAAUCCCAUCGAGGUUGCCGCUGGUCAUGGCGACGUCGGUCCCCCUGGCAGCGAAGUAAAUGGAAAUGGACUCGACCUUCUGACUCACGCUUUCCCCGCAAGAACGCCAGUGUUUCUAGAAGAAACACUCAAUGAGUGCAAUGGCGACGUGACACAGGCCCUCGAUCAUCUUAUGGUCCUGGAGAUGGUCGAAAAUGGCGAGGCAAGCGCAGAGUUCGAUUGGCCUGUCGCCGAAAGCCAAGAGUAUCUUGGCGACGUGAAAAAAGGCAUCGACUAUGAGAAGCUUUCGGAGGGAGUGGGUGGCAGAAAGAAGAUGUCGAAAAGCGAGCGGAAAAGGUUGCGACAGCGACAGGCUGAAGGCGCAUACAGCGCUGGUCCUCAAAAGAUCAGUCUGGGUGAUGUCCGACACGGGGCUCCUAUUCGCUCUUUUCACCCUGUCCGUCGGGUUGCCACAGGAACAAAGAAGUCCUCAGGCGUAACAGGUGUCCAGGAGGACGAUGCAGCGAUGGCGGCAAGGUUGGAAAAGGAGGAGCGCGAGGAGGCUGGUAUCGCAGAUGAUGAAGACCCGGCGGUCAAGGACAAUGACUGGCUCUUCUCCUCUUCGAUUCUUGAUCAAAUCGCUACUUUGCUCGACUUACCCUCGCACAAAAUCCGAUCAACCUACCACUCCACGAGCUUUAAUCUGCGUGCGACGACUCUGCGUCUCGUCGUGGGACAAGCUCAACGAUAUCCAACUCUGGCCUUGCUCGAUGACCACAUCGGGGAGCCUCCCGGGACAGCUCAAUCGAUGGUCGACAGUCUCUGUGCUAUUUCGCCGGCGCACAGGACUGUCGAAGAUGUUCAUCAGGCUUUCAAAGCUACUGCAGCACGGCCAGACGCCACGUUGGAUCUCCUUGAGCUCCUCGACGUGGUGCAAGAGGCUUCGCAUGGCACUCAGACUGAUUUUCUCGAUCCCCUGGCCCGAAACUCAUCAAAGGGCGACGCGGUCGUCGUCGAUGUGGCUACAAAAACUCAGACCGCAGGCCCUGCUGAAGGGACCUUUGUCUGGACGGGCGAAGACGAUCGGGUCAAUGGCCGGCCAGCAUACUCUGGUGUGGCCAAGCGAAGAAUACCUCAGACCCAAGCUCAAGACAGCCAGAGUAGCGACGGAAGAGCCUCCAAUCGGACUGCGCUCCAAGCGCUGCGAGCUGGGGCUGCAUCUACCUCGUAUCCCGCCACUCAUGCGUCUUCGCACGCCAUUCCUUCUUCCUCUGACGAGCAAAUCGGAAGUCUCCUCUUCACAGCGCCUUCGUCGAACCAAGUCGUAUCGUCUGCUCAGAAGCGGGCCCAGGAGUGCAAGGCCAUCUCAGAAGACUACCGUGCGAGACGCGAAGAGUGCCUUCGGAAGGCAUCUUCGGCUUAUCGCAAUCGAACGAGCCUGCCUUCUGCGUCCGUGUCAAGGUCCGGCGUGGGCAGGGGCGCCUCGGCAGCGUGGUACUACGCCGAUGAGGCCCGACGCCUGGAUGCCAAAGCUAGGGCUUGGAGUCUGAGGGCCGCUCAAGCCCUGGUCCAGGAUCGUGUGCACACGAGUCGGGGGGAUGGAAGCUCUCGUGGCGGGGGCGAUCGCAUUGACCUACACGGUCUGACGGUGCAUGAAGCGCUGACCAUCACGAGAGACGCCCUUGCGGCCUGGUGGGCAAAGAGCGGCAGCGGCAACAAGAUGCCGCUCACGAUUGUCACGGGCGUCGGGCGCCACUCGAGGGGAAAUGUGGCGGUCAUUCGGCCAGCGGUGCUCGGGAUGCUGAAGCGGGACGGAUGGAGGGUAGACGAAAAUGCCGGACAAGGUCUCAUUACGGUUCGAGGUCUUGCAUGAUUCUCCUGUCCCUCUUCCUUGUUUCUAGAUCUUGUCAGCAUGAUGUCGCUCGUGCCACAAUCAAUUGCAUCUCAUCUCCGCAUGCGCGGUCAGUUGCAGCAA